UAAUUUUUAUAAUUAUUUAUUAAUAUUAUCUUAUUUAAUACAGACGUUAUUUCAAAAAAGAAGAUGAUUACGUCCUAUAAUAAUGGCUAUAUUACGUCGUGUAUUAGAUUAUUUAGAUCUAUAAUUCUAUUCUAAUCAUUACCAAUCAUGUCUAAGUCUAAUGGUAAAACUUCCCAUCGAAGGACCCUUUUGAAGAAUGAAAGGGACACCUCUGUUAUGCCGACCACCUUUAUGCCCAUCAAAGACGGUGCUUGGAAUAUGAUAAACCUCAUUACAGGAUAUGUGCCUGCCCAGUGAAGAUAACUAUCUAUAUAAGCAGUCCCUCUAUAGUAUACUGGGUAUACCAACACUUGCAAGAACAUUUCGAUUUGUAUGUCCAUGAUGGGAUGCAGACUUCUUUGGUGAAAGCAUAUUCAAGAAGUCUUAGUAGUCUAUCAUAAUGCCAGUACACAAUGGUUCACUUUGGCUGAAAGAGUGUUUAGCAUCUGUAUCACAGCAGACGUACAGUGGGAAGAUUGAAUUAAGUGUGUAUGAUGAUGCCAGCACAGAUGAUAGCAGAAAGCUAAUAGAAAAAUGGGCCAGACUUUGUGAUGAUCCAAGAAUAUCUUUAAUAAUCUCUGGUCAUGAAGGCCUACCUUAUGGAGUGGGUUAUGCCAAGAACCAAGCCAUUGCUCAGAGUUCUGGAGAAUUCUUAUGUUUCUUGGAUUCAGAUGAUGUUAUGCAUGAGGAUAGAAUAGUGAGACAGUUGGAAGUAGCUGUAGUGUUUCACAGAGCUAUUGUUGGUUGCAAAUUUCAUAGAGAGCCUCAAGGUUCAACAGCACGUUUCACACAGUGGGCCAACACAUUGACUCAGGAUCAGUUGUACACACAGGUCUAUUUGUCACAUGGGCCCACUGUCAUCAUGCCAACAUGGUUUUGUCAUCGUGAUGUCAUAACAUCAUUAGGAGGAUUUGAUGAAAGAGGGAAGGGCACUCCGGAAGAUCUGUUGUUGUUUUAUAAACAUUUAGAGAAUGGUGGUGAAGUAAUCAAAGUAGACCUUGACCUGUUAAUGUACAGAUAUCAUCCGCAGGCAGAGACAUUUUCUAUAGCAGAGAAUACUAUCUGGACAGCAAGAGUGGAGUUCUUGGAAAAACAAGUUCUCAACAAAUUGAAAUCAUUUUCAAUUUGGAAUGCAGGAAAACAGGGGCGCAAAUUUUAUCGAAGCUUAUCACCUUACAACAAAAAAAAGGUUUUAAUGUUUUGUGAUGUGGACAUCAAGAAAAUUGAACAAAAAAAGUUUUAUAUUGAUGAAAGUAGUAAGGAGGUUCCAAGACCAAAAAUCCCAAUAGUACAUUUCACAGAAGUGAGACCACCGGUCAUUAUAUGUGUAAAAAUGAAUUUAUCUGGUAAUUUUGAACAGAACUUGAAAAGUUUGAGAUUAAAAGAAGGGCGUGAUUAUUUACAUUUCAAUUAAAAGUGUUAA